GCAGUCAUUACAGCUGCUGUGAGGCGAGAGGAGGAGUCAGUAACUCUGCCUUCACACUUUCUAAACCCCCUCUCUGAUCUUUAUUCCCUGUCAGAGAGAAUAAACACACUCCAGAUCAAUGCAGCAUCUUUAAACAGGUGAAAGUGAAUUUACACGGAGAUCACAGGAGACCUGAAGAAGAUCAAGCACCUCACAGGAGUUUCAGCACUUUAAACAGGUGUUUGUGUGGCCACGGGGCCCAGAAGAGGUAAACAGACAUAUUUAAGCCAUGUCCAGUGGGAAAGAUGCACCUGUUACAGAAAACUCCAGACAAACAUCCCUCACGGCUUCUCUUGAUGAAUGCAUGGAGGCUCUGGACCUGUUUCUCAACAACCACUUUAAUGAGAGUUUGGACAAACUGAGACCACGGUCUAAAGACAGCAUGUAUCAUGCUUUGAUCUAUGCCACAGUAUUAGAAAUGCAAGCCAUGAUGACGUUUCAACAUGAUGACAUAGUGCAAGCUGGAAACACCAUGAAGUGCGCUCAGGAGGUGUGCCAGAGGUUCCGUAAGAAAACUGGCAGUCUGUUGAACCUGGGAGCAAACAAAGAUAUAGCAGAAGAGCAGCUUCACGCUGAGGCGUGUUACGCCGAGUGUUUGCUACACAGGGCUGCUCUUACCUUCCUACAGGAUGAGAACAUGGUGAGUUUUAUCAAAGGAGGAAUCAAAGUUCGAAACAGUUACCUCAUAUAUAAGGAGCUGAACACUUUCGUCCAAUCAGGCAUGGGUUUUAAAGGACCAAACCACAAGCAUUUAGAGGGGGGAGUCUCAUUUGGAAUUGGGGCUUUCAACUUGACUUUAUCACUGUUUCCUACGAGGAUACUCAAGUUGCUGGAGUUUGCAGGGUUUUCUGGAGAUAAGGAGUUUGGCAUCUCUCAGCUGAACACGGGUGCCACCUCUCACAGCCUGCGCUCCAUGUUGUGUGCUUUACUCCUGCUCUGUUUCUACACUUUCCUCUCCUUUAUUUUAGGUAUUGGAGAAGGAGACGUGGAAGAUGCAGAGAAACUGCUUGAGCCAUUUCGGCAGCAAUAUCCAAAUGGGGCAAUUUUUCUCUUCUUUGCCGGACGAGCAGAAGAGAUGAAGGGGAACAUUGAUGAGGCGGUAGUACUGUUUGAAGACGGCUGUAAGGCCCAGCAGACCUGGAAACAGUUUCACCACAUGUGCUACUGGGAGUUAAUGUGGUGUUUCACCUACAAGAGACACUGGAAGAUGGCUUACUUCUACGCAGACCUGCUCAGCCAGGAGAGCCGCUGGUCUAAGGCUAUGUACAUAUAUAUGAAGGCUGCUUACCUCAGCAUGCUUCCAGAAACAGAGUCUCGGCCGUUCGGUGAUAAUGAGGUUGAUCUGUUUAGACAGGUUCCUACAUACAAACAGAAGAUAGCAGGCAAGUCUCCACCAACAGAGAAGUUUGCCAUUCGUAAAGCUCGACGUUAUAAAGCCAGCAAUCCAGCCAAACUGCCUGUUCCUGUGCUUGAAAUGAUGUACAUGUGGAAUGGUUUCUCAAUGAUCAUUAAACGCCCCGAGCUCACACAGGGCAUGAUGGAAACACUCUUGGAUGCAGAGCGCACCCUAGAGACUUCUCCAGAAAAUGAGUACACGGUGGAUGACAGGUGUGUAAUCCUGCUUCUGAAAGGCGUCUGUCUGAAGAACCAAGGUCACAUACAAGCCGCAGAGGAAUGUUUUAUCAAAGUUUACAGCAGUGAUAAGAAGAUAAAGUAUGACCAUUACCUGGUUCCCAAUGCUCUGCUGGAGAUAAGUCUGGUGUAUAUAGACACAGGACGAAAAGAUCAAGCCAUCAAGCUGCUGCAGAAAGCAAAGAAUAACUACAAGGAAUAUUCAAUGGAGUCUCGUACACAGUUCAGGGUCCACGCAGCCCUGACCAAACUGAAGGCUGACACAAGCGACCAGGAUGAAAUAUCAGUAUUGUGAGGCUUCGGGGUAAUGAAUGCCCCCGUAAGGACCAGAGCCUAAAAUAUUGUGCUCACUUUACAGGGAGAAGUAGACCAAAGACAUUUACAUGCAGUGUAUUGGCACUACUGCCCACAGCAGGGUUUGGGUGGUUUUAUAGGGAACACUAAAACUUCAUUUUCCCUCAUGAGGCCGAUGUGCCACAUUGAUGUUUAUUUUAGUCAGAUAGCUGUAGAAGACAAGAUUAAUAAUAAAUAUAGCAAAAAAGUAAGCCAGGGCUUGGGCCCUUGUGUGUUAAAAUGUAAUAAAAUGUAAAUUUUAUCAGAAA